AUGCUCUGUCCCCCUCCCAUUCCUCACUCUACCAUGGCUACCAAUCUCCAGCUCCUUCCGAUUCAUGGCUUCCCUCUCUCCAGCUGGAAGUGCCCGAAACACCCUCAAAGAGUCCCAGUAUUUUCCCUUCAGCCACUCAAUCUUCCUCCUCCUUCUCCUCCUCCUUCUCCCAAUAGCAUCUUAAGCUCAAGAAGAAGAGCCUCAGUUGCUCAUGCUGUGAAAGAAGAAGUGAUUCAAUCCCCAAAUUCAGACCCCGCCCUUGAUUCCAAAACCUCCCCUCCUGCUUCUUCCAAGCUCGUUCUCGUCGUUGGCGGCUCUGGCGGUGUCGGGCAGUUGAUAGUAGCAUCUUUGCUUGACCGUAAUAUUAAGUCACGCCUCUUACUACGGGAUCCUGAGAAAGCAACUAGCUUGUUUGGUAAACAGGAUGAGGAGACAUUACAGGUAUAUAAAGGGGACACCAGGAAUCUGGAGGAUCUAGAUUCAUCUAUAUUUGAGGGAGUCACACAUGUGAUUUGCUGUACAGGAACAACUGCUUUUCCUUCAAAGCGAUGGGAUGGGGAUAAUACACCAGAAAAAGUAGAUUGGGAAGGUGUUAGAAAUCUUGUAUCAGCACUGCCUUCAUCACUGAAGAGAAUUGUUCUUGUUUCAUCCGUGGGAGUAACCAAGUUCAAUGAGCUACCAUGGAGUAUCAUGAACCUUUUUGGUGUUCUCAAGUAUAAGAAGAUGGGGGAGGAUUUUCUUUGCAGUUCUGGUCUUCCAUUUACCAUAAUCAGAGCAGGUAGAUUGACUGAUGGACCAUACACAUCAUAUGAUCUGAAUACUCUGCUCAAAGCUACAGCUGGGCAACGACGUGCUGUCCUCAUGGGUCAAGGAGAUAAACUUGUAGGAGAGGUUAGCAGAAUUGUAGUUGCUGAAGCUUGCAUACAGGCAUUGGACAUAGAAUUUACAGAAGGCAAAAUUUAUGAAAUCAAUUCAGUUGAGGGAGAUGGUCCAGGAAGUGAUCCGCAGAAGUGGCAGGAGCUAUUCAAAACUGCUGAAGCCAAAUAAUUGAAACCCCAAGCUCACCUGCUUCUUUCAUUUGUACCAUACAAGAUGUUCUGAGUUGAAAGAGGUCAAUUGUUACUCAUCACCAUGAAUUGUAUAUAGUUGUAAUAUGUGUCGUUACAUUCUCCUUUCUUUCCCAGUUAACUCGUGUACUUGAUCAUCCUUCAAGUGAUUUGUAUAAAGGUUUUGGCUUUGUUUCCCUUUUUUCUUUGGAUAAAGGUGAAAAGUGUUCAAGUACAUGUUUCAAUAAUUUAA